ACUGAGCUUGCGUCCAGAAGUAGCUCAAAGCUUUUGAUGCUGCUGCUAUAAAAGGAUCUACUCGGUUGCCAUAUCGGAAGAAUUGCAUUCCCAACGCGCAACCACUACCCAAAAGCAUGUUCUCUCUCUUCCUCCUCCCUCUCUUCUUCCACUUCCCAUCUGUUUCUCCGCCCAAACUCCGCCCCGAUUACUACGCCGAGUCAUGCCCUCACGCGGAAUCCAUCGUCCGGACUGUGAUGCACAAAGCUCUGAUCAGUGAGCCUCGAAGUGUUGCCUCUGUUAUGCGCUUCCAAUUUCAUGAUUGCUUUGUUAAUGGCUGUGAUGCUUCUAUGUUGCUGGAUGAUACGCCGACGAUGCUUGGAGAGAAACUCUCUCUCUCGAACAUUAAUUCGCUUAGAUCUUAUGAAGUUGUUGAUGAAGUGAAGGAGGCGUUGGAGAAGGCCUGUCCUGGAAUCGUCUCGUGUGCAGAUAUCAUUAUCAUGGCGUCUAGAGAUGCCGUUGCUCUAACAGGCGGCCCCAACUGGACAGUGAGAUUAGGUAGGCUGGACAGCUUAACAGCAAGCCAAGAGGACUCAAACCAGAUCAUGCCAAGUCCAAGAGCCAAUGCAAGCUCUCUCAUUGACCUCUUCAACAAAUACAACUUAUCUGUUAAAGAUCUGGUUUCUCUGUCAGGUUCCCACUCCAUCGGCCAAGGCCGAUGUUUCUCAAUCAUGUUUCGGCUCUACAACCAGUCUGGUACUGGGAGGCCAGACCCGGCCAUCGAGCCGGGCUUCAGAGAAGAGCUCUUUAAGCAAUGCCCUCAAGGUGGGGACGAAAAUGUCACAAUGAACCUUGACUCUACACCUUAUAUUUUUGACAAUCGGUACUUCAAGGACUUGGUUGGUGGGAGAGGGUUCUUGAAUUCUGAUGAAACUCUCUAUACAUCUGCUGCAACUCGAAGGUAUGUGAGGUACUUCAGCAAAAACCAAAGUGCGUUUUUUAACGCAUUCGUGGAGGGUAUGCUGAAGAUGGGUGACUUGCAGUCUGGCCGCCCGGGGGAGGUUAGAAGGAAUUGUAGAGUAGCCAAUGGCCAGUCUGUGAUCAUAUAACAUGGCCAGUCUGUGACCAUAUAACAUAGCCCCAACCGGAUUAGCAUGUAUUAUAUCCUUUGAACUUGAAGGUUAAAAUAUCUAUUAUCUUACAUUUAUUAGGCGUCAUCAUUUGUAAGAUAAAACAUGUAAAAAAAUUAUUUAUACUAAUUAUCAUCUUAAACA